AGGACGAUAGGACGGAUAGAGCGAGCAGGGAUUCGGCGAGAUCCCGCGGCGAGCGGGGCCGAGCGGGGCCGAGCGGACCCGAACGAGCGAGAGGUCCGACGGAGGACGCGUGAACGAGAGAGCGCGCUGAACCGAAAGAGGGGGAGGUUAGCUCGUAGCUCGGCUUUCCGUCGCAUUCUCGAGCGAGUUCGUCUCUUCGUACGGCAACCAGCCGGGCGAGCGCACGUCCUGUCGCGAGUAUACGAGUACGGGUGCGCAUAUCCGUAUCAAUUUCGCGCGUUGUCUCGUGUUUGGCGGAAGGAGAGGGCGGGAGAGAGGAGAGGAGGUCGAAUACGCGACACUACGGUCGUGCUCGCGUGCGCGGUGCUUUCAUCUGCUCGCUGUCUUUUCGCGAGCAUCGAGAGAGCGAGACGCGUCUGGAUAGAUCGCGAGCGUUGCGCCUCGAUCUUUCCGAGAUCGCUUGUCGACGAACGGUUGGAUUUGCUCGUUUGUUUCCCCAAGUAUACCGAGUGAACCAGCGGGCGUGAGCAGCGUGCGACGCCAACAAAGCAAAUAGGACUCGUCGGGCGACUCGAUUGGGGCUUGGCUUUGGCGUUCGUCCUCCCGCGGCUCAUGUGCCCGCGAGCCGAGCGCGCGUCGGCGGAGUGCGUGCGAGACGGGAGGCAGUUGACGUUAUCGUCGCCGUUGUUACGUCGAGCGACCGUUGUUGUUUCUGGGACGAGCAGUGCGGAAGCUCGCGCGCGCGUUCAUCCUGAUCGAUUGUUGCCUCGCGGCGCAGAGUGAUCCUCGGGACCAGAACGAAGAAGAGAAGCGUACCAACGUGGCGUGCUCUGCGCUUUCGGACGUGCCACGUUGUGGAGCGUCGUAGUCGGCCGAGGAGUGAUCUCGUGAUAAAGGUAGAACGAAACGAAGACAGGUAGACAGGUCGGGCCUGCAGGACAACAAAGUCCCGCGGGGGGUAUCGUUUGUGAAAGAAACAGUGAGUGUGAAGUGAUAGAGAUCCGUCACAACCGACAAAAAAACGAUAGCAUAGUGAGACACGUCACUCGUCGGAUAUCCUCAACGAGCUUUUCGAAUCAAAUCCAGUCACCACGCUCGCCGUCGGCAAGAUGAUGGGCAAACGGACGCAGUGCUACCUGUGCGACCUGCCCAGGAUGCCAUGGGCGAUGAUCAUGGACUUCGCGGAGCCGGUGUGCCGCGGCUGCGUCAACUACGAGGGGGCCGAUCGCAUCGACCUCGUCCUCGAGUCGGCGAAGCAGCUGAAGAAGGCGCACGGCUUCCAGGACGCCAGGCCGUCCGCGUCCAAGACUUACCGCACCGCGGGCGGUGGCGGCGCCGGCGGUGGUGGUCACACCGAGCACAACGGCGGCACGAAUCUCGACGUGCUGCCCAUACAGAACACGGCCGGGCAGGGCCACUCGCGCCACCACAACAUCGCCGGCUACUCGCAGCUGCACCACCGUAACUCGAUCACCGAGUUCAACUCGGGCACGGCGGCGGCCGCGGCGGCCGCGGCCGCCCGGCAGCAGCAGAUCGCGGGCCGCCAGGGCGGCCACGGCGACGAGGGCCACGAGAUGGCGAACGGCAUGCGGGGCGGAAACGUGCGCCUGCCUACCGCCCACCUGGCCGCGGUCGGGGCGCAUCACGUGAACCUCGGGCACAAUCGCGGGAUGACGCAGCUCAAGCGCGGCAUCUCGGCGAUCGACGACGACGAGCACACCGAGAAGCGAUUGUCGCUCGAGGAGCAGCAUCCGGUCAGGCCGCCGUUGACUCGCGGCGACUCCCUGCCGGCGGUCAGCCUCGCGGUCAGCUACGUCCAGGACAGAAACAAGGAGAAGCAUCCGGUCCGGGCGCCCAGCUUCGAAACUGCGACGACCUUCAAGCCGAACGGAGCAUAUGUCGGGCCAUCCAUCCCGUUGGCACCGACCAAUGUCGCGGCCAAUGGUGGAGGAUCGCCUCUCCGCCCGAGAACGAGUCCUCCGCCGCCGCCGCCACCGACGCAGGAAAGUGCCAACGACAACUCACAAUCGAAUCAUCAUCAGGGCACGGCGAAUGGCCCGUCACCGAUGGCCGCUUUAAUGUCAGUCGCCGACAAUUUGACAUCGCCGGAGUCCGUGCCGCAGCCGCCGAACAAUCCCAGCCCUACUAGCAGAAGUCCGCCGACCACGACUGCUCAGCAGCAGCGUAGCGCCUCCAGGGGCUCUCAGCACAGCCCGAACAGCUCAGGCUCUUCCGGCGGCAGACGAUCUAGCAGUUCGAGGCAAGUAUCGUCAACAACCGUCACGACGUCAUCCGAGGGUGCGGUCGCUCAGGCCGCCGGCGCCGAGCCGGUCUCAGCUCCGACUCUGAAAUGCACGCUGUGUCAGGAGCGUCUGGAAGACACUCACUUUGUUCAGUGCCCCAGCGUGCCGCAUCACAAGUUCUGCUUCCCGUGCAGUCGGGACAGCAUAAAGCGGCAGGGCGCUGCCUCAGAGGUUUACUGCCCGAGCGGCGAGAAGUGCCCGCUGGCGAACAGCCAGGUACCGUGGGCCUUCAUGCAGGGUGAGAUAGCUACCAUCCUGGGCGAGGAGACCGGCAGCACCGGGCUCAAGGUUAAAAAGGAGAGGGAGACUUAAGAACCCAUGAAAUUCAAUUCGGGGCUCAAAUUUUCCGUCUCCCUCGUGAGCUCGCGGGGAGUCGUGUUAUAUGGUUGAAACCAUGAAGGGUUUUCGCCGAACGUUUUUGGUAACGGGGUGACAGGCACUCGUUGGCGGCACGCGAGAGAGCGCCAACGAACGACUCGAGCCAAAGACGUUGUCUGAUGCGAUACGAAUUCUCACGAACGUUUGUUGAUGUCGAUAGAUAAAAAA